GAGAGAGAGACAGGACGAGUCUCCAGGAGCCCGAUAUGGAGGAGUGGAGGCAAUGCGGGCGGUGGUUGAUAGACUGCAAGGUCCUGCCCCCCAACCACCGGGUCGUGUGGCCCUCAGCGGCCGUCUUCGACCUGGCACAGGCCCUGCGAGAUGGGGUGCUGCUGUGCCAGAUGUUGCACAACCUCUCCCCCGGUUCAGUGGACCUGAAGGAGAUCAAUUUCAGACCCCAGAUGUCACAGUUCCUGUGUUUAAAGAACAUCCGGACGUUUCUGAAGGUGUGUCACGACAAGUUCGGCCUGCGAAACAGCGAACUGUUCGACCCCUUCGACCUUUUUGAUGUCAGGGACUUCGGCAAGGUCAUCUCAGCCCUGUCGAGAAUCUCCCACCACAGCAUUGCACAGAUCAAAGGCAUCAGGCCUUUCCCGUCGGAGGACACCGCUCUGAACGAGGACGAUGUGUACCGCAGCUUGGAGGAGCUGGCAGAUGAGCACGACUUGGGCGAGGAUGACAUCUACGACUGCGUGCCGUGUGAGGACGAUGGCGACGACAUCUAUGAGGACAUCAUUAAGGUGGAAGUACGACAACCCAUGAUCAGGUACAUGCAGAAAAUGGGAAUGACAGAAGACGACAAGAGAAACUGCUGCUUAGUGGAAAUCCAAGAAACAGAAGCCAAGUACUACAAGACAUUAGAAGACAUCGAGAAGAACUACAUGAUCCCGUUGAAGCAAGUCUUGAGUCCACAAGACAUGGAGGCUAUCUUUGUCAACCUCGAGGAUGUCAUCCGGGUGCACUUCGCCCUCCUGCGAGCCAUCGACCUGAACAUGAUGAGUGGAGGGAGCGGCCUCGGGAAGAUCUUCCUGGAAUUCAAGGAAAGGUUGUUGAUCUAUGGCCAGUACUGCAGCCACAUGGAGAACGCCCAGAAGACGCUGGACGAGCUAAUAGCAACGCGAGAGGAUGUCAAGAUUAAAGUAGAGGAGUGUACCAUGAAAGUGCAGGAGGGGAAGUUCAAGCUGCAGGAUCUCCUGGUGGUCCCCAUGCAGCGGGUCCUGAAGUACCACCUACUACUGAAGGAACUUUUGAGUCACUCAGCUGAUCGACCUGAGCGACAGCAACUGAAGGAGGCUCUGGAGGCAAUGCAGGACCUGGCCAUGUACAUCAACGAAGUCAAGAGGGACAACGAGACGCUCAAGAAGAUCAGCGAAUUCCAAAGUUCCAUAGAAAACCUUCAGGUGAAGCUGGAGGAGUACGGCAGGCCGAAGAUCGACGGAGAGCUGAAGGUCUGCUCCAUCGUCAACCGAACCAAGCAGGACCGGUACAUCUUCCUCUUCGAUAAAGUGGUCAUCGUGUGCAAGAGGAAAGGCUACAGCUACGAGCUCAAAGAGAUCAUCGAGCUGCAGUCGUACAAGAUGUCCGACGAUCCCAUGAACAACCGGGACAUGAAGAAGUCAAGUGGAAAAAUGUGGUCUUACGGUUUCUACCUGAUCCACCUGCAAGGGAAGCAGGGCUUCCAGUUCUUUUGCAAAACCGAAGAGACCAAGAGAAAAUGGAUGGAGCAGUUUGAAAUGGCCAUGUCCAACAUCAAGCCGGAGCGAGCCACGGCCAAUCAGCACAACUUCCAAAUGCACACGUUCGAUAAGAACACCAACUGUCGAGCCUGCAAGAUGCUUCUGAGGGGCAUCUUCUAUCAGGGCUACUACUGCUCUCGCUGUGGAACAGGAGCUCACAAAGAGUGUCUGGAAGUGAUCACCAUCUGCAAAAUCAAUCCUCUCGACUUGGAGCCGGGGAUGUCACCAGGUCCGAAGAUGGUCGCGGUGAGGAACUACCACGGCACGCCGGCCCCCCCGGGGAAAACGCCGCUGUGCUUCCAGACCGGAGACUUCAUCGAGCUGCUGAAGGGAGAUCCGGACACCACGUGGUGGGAGGGAAAGUUGAUGCAGACACAAAAGAGCGGCUUCUUCCCAAGUUCAUGUGUUAAACCCUGUUUGGACCCAAAGCCUUUCCAGUCGCUAUCCAGGCCGCCCUCGCGGGAUGCAGAGUACUACGGCUAUCCUUGGUUCGCGGGGAACAUGGAGCGCCAGCAGGCGGACAACCUUCUGAAGUCCCACUGCAGCGGAACUUACCUUAUCAGAGAGAGGACGGCCGAGGCGGAGAGGUUCGCCAUCAGCAUCAAAUUCAACGAUGAAGUUAAACACAUCAAAGUCAUUGAGAAGGACAGCUGGAUUCACAUCACCGAGGCCAAGAAGUUCGAGAGUCUCCUUGAGCUGGUGGAGUACUAUCAAGCCCACUCGCUGAAAGAGAGCUUCAAGUUGUUAGACACCACGUUGCGAUACCCGUACAAGUCGAGAGAACGCUCGCUAACCCGGGCCAGCACUCGGUCGCCAGCCACCUGCGCCUCCUACAACUUCUCCUUCCUCAGUCCGCAGGGCCUCAACUUCUCCUCCUCUCAGAGCUCAGCUCCCUUUUGGUCAGUGUUCACUCCCCGGGUGGUCAGCACCGCCGUGGCCAGGUAUAACUUCGCGGCGCGGGACAUGAGGGAGCUGUCGCUGCGGGAGGGAGACAUCGUGAAGAUCUACAGCAAGAUCGGAGGAGACCAGGGCUGGUGGAAAGGAGAGGCCAACGGCAGGAUCGGCUGGUUUCCCUCGACCUACGUGGACGAAGAAGGCGUGCAGUAAAGGCUCCAAAUCAGGACCCAUCUACUAUCUACUGAUCUCAGAGAAAAUCACUCACCCUGCCCAGGAAAAAUAACACAAAAGGAGGGAGGGGGGAAAAAAAAGGAACUUCAUCUUGUUGUUUUUGCUGGAUUCUUUUUUUUUUCUACUCCUGUUCUCAAUUAUGCAUCAGUCGGGGUUAUUUUUUGUUGUUUUUAACGGGGCGUCCUGCUUAAUUUCUGUACAGGAAAGAAGAAAAUUGAAAGGAAACUAGCCGGCCUGCUGUUCUGUCAGCCUGCAGAGACUUCUAUCGAACCGAGGCCCCGGCAGAAAGUGACUGUUGAUAGCUUUACUGGAAAAGAAGAGAAAAAUCUCCCCUCCUUUUUGUUUGCAGGUCUAUGCGAAGUGAAAGAAUUGUACAGUACAGAUAAUUUAUUGAAUAGAGAUUAUUAUCCUUACUAAUGAUUAUUUGUGGGGGAAGUCGUUUUAAGCAAAGAAUCAGAAAAUAAUAAGAAAAAAAAAACCUGAAAAAAAAAAAAAAAGAAAAGCCGAUGCUGUGUUUUCAUGUGGAGAGAUUUUUGCCUUAGUUGUCAUGGUGAUGCCUUGUGGGCUGACACCAGCGGAUGGGAAUCGACUUUCUGGACUGGUUUUACUUUUC